UCUCUCUCUCUCUCUCUCUCUCUCUCUUCUUCACUCUGAGCUCAAGCGAUUUCAUCCCAUGGGAAAAAUCUCUGAAGUGAUUAUUUAGCACUUCUUUUUUUCUUUUUUUUUUGUCACCUUCUGAAUCCAUUUUUAUGGAUCUUGGAGUUCGUGUUCCGUGUAAUGAAAACAACGGGUCUUCUCCGGGUCAAACCGAACUCGGAUCUGGUUUCAGUAACAAGCAAGAAAGAUCCGGUUUCGAUGGUGAAGAAGAUUGCUGGAGAAGUUCAAAGCUCUCAAGAACAUCUAAUGAUGGCUUCUCUUCUUCCUCUGCCGCUGCUGCUAAGACGCUGUCGUUUCAUCAGGGCAUCCCUUUACUGAGAUCUACCACUAUUGAUCCUCGUAGAGGAGGAGGACAAGAACAUAUGCUUAGCUUCUCUUCUCCUUCAGACAAAUCAGAUGUCUCACCUUAUCUUCAGUACUGUAGAAACUCAGGAUAUGGUGGUUUAGGUGGUGGGAUGAUGAACACAAGCAGCAUGCAUGGAAACUUAUUGACAGGAGUAAAAGGACCUUUUUCAUUGACUCAAUGGGCUGAGCUAGAGCAACAGGCUUUGAUCUAUAAGUAUAUCACAGCCAAUGUCCCUGUGCCAUCUAGCUUACUCCUUUCUCUUAAGAAAUCUUUUUUCCCUUAUGGAUCCUUGCCUCCUAAUUCUUAUGGAUGGGGCUCUUUUCAUCUGGGCUUUUCCGGUGGUAACAUGGAUCCCGAGCCAGGGAGAUGUCGCCGGACAGAUGGAAAGAAAUGGCGGUGCUCGAGGGAUGCUGUCCCUGAUCAAAAGUACUGUGAACGACAUAUUAACCGAGGCCGCCAUCGUUCAAGAAAGCCUGUGGAAGGCCAAAAUGGCCACAAUACUACUGCUGCCGCCGCUUCUACCGCUGCUGCAGUGUCCAAAGCAGCGGGGACUUCGGCUGUUGCGAUGCGGGGAUCAGAUCAUAACAAUAGCCUUGCUGCUGCUGCUAGAACUCAUCGUCAUGCCAAUAAUCAAUCUACAGAUUCUUUGGCUACCAGGGUUCAAAAUUCUCGAGGGGCUUCAGUUUUUCCUGCCACGAUGAACUUACAAACGAAGGAUCCUCAUCCGAAACAAAGCAAUAACCCUUUUGAAUUUGGAAUCAUCUCCUCUGACGCAUUACUAAAUCCGUCGCAUAAGCAAGCCUCCUACGGAAACUCCUCGAAAGGCUUUGGAUCGUAUCUUGACUUCAGCAACCAAGCCAAGCACUCGGGAAAUCACCACAAUGACGAUUCAUGGCCCCCCGAAGAGCUGAAAUCUGAUUGGACUCAGCUCUCAAUGUCAAUCCCCAUGGCUCCAUCUUCCCCUGUUCAAGAUAAAGUAGCACUCUCGCCUUUGAGGUUAUCGCGUGAGUUUGACCCCGCGAUCCACAUGGGAUUAGGCGUCAACACCGAGUUUCUUGAGCCUGGUAAGAAGGCGAAUAACUGGAUACCGAUCUCUUGGGGUAACAAUAACUCCAUGGGAGGUCCUCUUGGCGAGGUACUAAACAGCACGACGAAUAGUCCCAAGUUUGGUUCUUCUCCAACAGGCGUCUUGCAAAAAUCGACAUUUGGUUCUCUUUCUAACAGCAGCUCGGGAAGCAGCACCAUCAUUGGCGAUAACAGCAACAAGAACGGCAGCGAUGGAAAGGAUCCGCUUGGCCCAACCACGCUGAUGAACACUUCCGCUACUGUUCCCUCUCUGUGAAGCCAAGGACUAUGGCGAAAACAAAACACUCUGUUUUUCCCCUGUUUCUGUUUUUUUUUCCCCUUACUUGGUGCAUCGUUGUUGUUGUUUUCUUUAUAUAUAAAGUCAGAAGAAACUAAAAGGAAAGAUGAGAAGAGUGAUGAGUUUUUUUUCUUCUUCUUCUUCUUCUUAUUCAUAAUCUUUGUUCUUUGUUUUUCCUCAUAAACCCGUUUCUUCUCAAUCUUUCUGAUUUCUGAAUGUAUUUGUUGAUUCAUUGUU